CUCAGUAUCAAAUUCUCAAUAUGGCGACGCCCAUUACUAACCAUACUUUUUCGUUGAUUAUAUACAGAAUCCGGAGUAAAAUAUAAAGUAGUGUGGAUUAGUUGUCUCUGACGUUACAAGGCAUUAUCAAAGUGUUAUCAAGCGUUAUCGUUCGAUAAUCGCAUAACAUGUAAUUCUCACAGCGGCACAUCAACACUUUACGAAUUAAUAUGAAGAGUUCAGAACAAUUAACAGCAACUGUUUAUGUGGCCACUGACGAUAGGAAAUUUUACGACAUCUCGGUUCCUGUUGGCGAAGUUGUUGAAGAUUUAUGUAUUGAAAUAUGCAAGCGUCUGAAGAUAGGUCCGGUAGCGAGACAUUUAUUUGCACUAAGAAGUUGUUUGUCCAAGCUAUGGCUCCCAUGUGGUCACAAACUUGAGGACAAGGAGGACUUAAAAUUUGAAUUUCGUUUAAGAUUUAAGCCAUCCAGUUCACAGAGGCUGAAGGAGAUAGAUAUACAAGCUUAUAAUUAUUAUUUUUUACAAGCUCGCACAGAUGUAAUGGAUAAUAAAGUGUCUGAUAUCAUGUAUGAAAAAUAUAGACAUGAACUAAUUGGCCUAGGAGUUACUGAUAUGUACAGAGUAAUGCUAGAAAAAAAAUUACCACGAGAAAGUGUAGAAUCAGAUUAUAAAAAGUAUAUUCCAAAGGUGUGCAUAAAAAAGCACUUUUUCUUUAUUAAAAAACCUAUUCACUAUGCAUUUAAUACUUUGGAGAAAGAAGCUGAUCCACUCUAUGUCAAAGAACAGUAUUUGAAACAAUUUGAAUCUAUGGCUCCUAAUUAUUUAACAGAAGAAUACAAAGCAUUAAUGAAUACAAGUUUAUCUAAUCCAUGGAUUCCAGUUUUACUUAGGAUUGACUCGGAAGAAGUAAAAUAUUCUGACAUGACUGACUCGGACACGUGGAAGACUCUUUGUACAAUAGUUGAUCUUUGUUUUAUCUCUAUAAGCGUCGAUAACAGAAACGACUAUAGUUUACGAAUUGCAAAGAAGAAUGGCAUACCAUCGCAUCUGAAACUAGAUACAUACUCUGUAUUGAUGUCUUUUGUAUCUGCAUUGGAUGGAUAUUACCGUUUGUCAAUUAAAUGGACUUUUAAUCUCUGUACAGAUGUUAGUACACCUAGUCUGGAAAGGUUACACAUGUUAAAGUGCCAUGGACCGGUUGGAAAAGAAUUUUCUUACGCAAAAAUUAAGAAAAAACGUGCCAACAAACCGGGAACCUAUAUAUUACGUGAGAGCGAUACUGAGUACAAUGUUUAUUAUAUUGAUGUUUGUGGUAAAGAUGGAAAAGUAUCGUCACGAAGAGUGGAACGGCAUGGCGGUAAUGAAUUUUCAAUAGCAGGCAAUGUAGAUGUCUAUAAAUCUCUUCCAGCUUUAUUACAAGACCCUGUUAAUUCACUACACCUCGAAGAGUGCUUACCACCUUCAGAAUAUGAUAUAUCACCAUUAUUAAUUAGUGCUUCGGAAAAUAUCGUGAGCGAUGUAAUAGCAGAGGAAGAAAUAGUCACUGCAGUUUUGGAAGGUGAACCACGAUGUGUAUCGCGAAAUCAAUUGCAGGUGUUCGAAGAAAUAUUUAGAAAUGAAGAAAAUUUGACUAGACAUAAGGUGACGCAACUGCACCGAGCAACGUGGCGAGUCGCCAAGGGCAAGAAAGUCGACGUAUUGUUAAAGAUACUUAAGACAGAAGAGAAUAGCUACACCAAAGAAUUUCUGGAAUUGGCUGAUAAGUGGGGCCAAUUACGAUCAAGCGCUCUAGUCAGAUUAUAUGGAGUAACUAUGGCUCCGUCAAUUGGAAUGGUGCUGGAAUUAUCAACGCUCGGUCCAUUAGACAAGUAUCUGAGCAGUAAUUCACAAAUUAUACAAAUAGCCGAUUUAUUAGACGCUACUUCCUGUUUGGCAACAGCUGUCUGGCACUUGGAAGAAAAUGAUGUAGUUCAUGGAAAUAUAAGAUGCAAAAGGAUUCUUGUACAUGAACAUACGGAAACUAAGUUUACUGUUAAAUUAGGAGAUCCUGGCCUUUACACUUACACCGCUGACGACAUACAUUGGAUUCCACCAGAAUGUCACAAGAAUCUCGAAUCGGCGAAAAAUAGUUUUCAAGCAGACAUAUGGGCUCUGGGCACAACCAUUUGGGAGAUAUUUUCUAAAGGGACUCCACCACUUAGAUAUCCUGACGUUAAUAUUGUCAAGAUGUUUUACGAAAAUGGAGAAAGAUUACCUCCGCCUAAGGGAUGUCCAAAAGAAAUCUAUAACUUGAUGAGAGAAUGUUGGGGCGAUAAAGGCAAAUCGAGAAAGCAGCCUCAAGCCAUCAUGCGAGAUGUCAAUCAGAUUAUAUAUCAAGUUUUUAAUUCACGUAGAACUUAUCAUUCUUACGCCACUACGUAUCCCAAACUUUCCGAAGACACCGAAGACGAAGACAACUCGGAUACAGAGAACAAGUCAAAUAGCGAUUCAAAUGCGAGCAGUUUACUUACUGAUCACACUAGUUUAAGUUGGAAUGAAACCAACCGCGUGAGAUGGAUAACCGACCCUCAAGAAAAUUGUCAAACAGAAUUAACGAAGUACUUAGCUUUGCUCAACAAUGCCGUGGGUUGCAACGGUGGUAACGAUCGCAAUUCUCAUUCGACUCAUGGCAGUUUCGACGAAGGAAUACCAUUCAAAAACGGAUACGCUAACGACAACGGCAGCAUCGAUGGUAAUAGCAAGAGCAGCUAUAUCCAGCAGAUGUUCUAUAGCACGGAGAUGUCCGCGGAAUACGAUAUAGUUGUGCAGGGACGCGUAGGACAAGGUUUCUACGGCGAAGUUUUCAGAGCCACGCUCGUUAAACGUGAUAAUGAGCAUGAGACGCGACAAGUGGCCAUUAAGAUACUAAAGACGAGUUUGGAAGCAGACAUGCGUGACUUCGAAAGAGAAAUAAUGAUUAUGAAGACUCUCAAGCAUCCUAACAUUAUAGAAAUCAUAGCAGGCCUGGAUGGAGGUUUGAUAAUGGAAUUUGUCGAACACGGCUCAUUACAAAGUUAUUUGGUCAUUCAUCGGGAGUCUCUCACACAUACUAAAUUGUUAAAUUUCGCUCUGGAUAUUGCUACUGGUAUGGAUUAUCUCGGCCGUAUGAACAUUGUUCACCGGGAUUUAGCAGCAAGAAAUAUUCUAGUGGCGAGUGAAAAUCGAGUGAAGAUUAGCGACUUCGGUCUCGCUCGAGUUAUGGAUAAAAAUGAUUAUUACAUCCUCAAUACCAAUCGAGAUUUGCCGAUUAAAUGGUACGCGCCGGAAAGUUUAAGAGAUGGUAAGUUCUCAUCACGUUCAGAUGUAUGGUCGUUUGGCGUGACGAUGUAUGAGACCUUUAGUCUCGGCGAAGAUCCAAAGUUGCCCGAUAUUGUAACCUAUAGGAACUUACAUUAUAUAGAAGAAAAAGGAAGCGUUGAACUGUUAAGCGCGUUAGAAAGUGGCGCUCGUCUUCCUUGUCCGCCUACAUGUCCACAAGAAAUAUACACGAAAUUGAUGUAUCCAUGUUGGAACAUACAAAGCCACGAAAGACCGGAUUUUGCCACAUUGUGUCGACAAAUACAGAAUCUGCUCACCAAAUACUAAAAUACUUUUUUGAAAAACUCGUUCAGAAAAAUAAUGUAAAAAAUUUCCUCGACAUCUCAACGAAGAAAAAAUGGUAAUUUCUUUUUCGAGUUUUCAAUUUGCUGUCUUGCUUUAUUCGACUAUCACAUUUAUUAACACGUUGAACGCUCAAUAAAGAUUGAAUCAAGUUCCUGCGAGGUUCAAAAUAAUUUGUUUUGUGCAAAUUGUUACUAUUAAAUAUAUAAUAAUAAACUAUUUCUUACAAAGACUGUUUAUAAAAUUUGUUUUUAUUUGAAUAAAACCAUCACAAAUGACGUGACCGUGACGUUUAACGUGUUAAAGCUCAGGUAGUUGAAAAAAAAAUUUUUUUCAAGUUUAAAACUUUAAUUGUAACUAAUCUAAGAAUGGUUAUGCAGAUUGCUCAAAAUUUGCUGUUGAUUUUAUGUGGGGAUGAUUGUAUCAGCAGAUCUGUUUACAAAUCACAUGUCUAACUGUCUUACAGAUGGCUCUGAUCUUCUGAUUCGGUAUUGUGCUCGAAAUUGUCCACAAAUUGUUAACAGAUUGCUUACCAGGAUAGAUAACUUCCGCCACACGUAAACUGUGUUGAAUUUGAUUUAUGCCGCAAGCAUUGCCACGGUCUGUGCGCAAAGGCCAUUAGAGUGUGCAUUCACCUAUAAUUCUUAGUUUAUCGCAGAUUGUGUGUGUUUAUGUGUUUUGUGGAUCUAAAAUCAAUUUAUAUCUUUUGUUUAAGAAAUCGUUUAUUAGCUUUGAUUUCUUUAUAUAAUUUAUCUGUAGACAAAGUACAUAUCCAUACUAAUAUGUUAUUGCCUUAUUGUUUAUAUAUAAAUAUUAGGAUUGAAAUAUUUUCAUCAAGAAAACCUAUGUAUAAUUCAGAAAUUUAUCCCAAAAGAAUGUAUCAAAUGUUUCAGUAGAAUUACUUAAGAACAUUUCUGACAUAUUACUUUUUACAGAGAUGAUGUAUCUAGUCGACAUUUAUGUCGCCAUUUUAUCAUGUAUUGUAUGAAUAUAUAACUUUGAAUAUUUUUUUA